AUGUCAUCAUUGGAAUUAAAAAUUGUUAAUAUUUUUGAGAAGAAAUUAUUAUCAAUUCGUUCAAUAUCACAAGGUGAUUUAUAUGAAAAAUGUGGACGAGAUGAAUUAUUGAAGAAAAUUCAAGCGUUUACACAAGAAAAUCAACCAAUUAAACUACUUUUGCCAGCAUUUCCAUUCAAAUCUCCGAAUAUGGAAAAAGUUUGUGGAAAAUUGCCCGAUGCUGGAGAAUUAUAUGCACUGGAAUACUUAAACAGAAUUUGUGAAGAAAUCAAUUUUCUCUAUGAAUAUGGUUGUGAUCUGGUAAUAUGGUCUGAUGGACGAGUAUUUAAUGAUCUUAUUGGUGUAUCCGACAGUGACAUGUUCACAUAUGUGAGUCGUUUAAAAUAUUAUUCAAUGACAAUGACUCAUAUACAAUGGGAUAGUAUGGAUAAUUAUACUGGAGUUGGAAAUGGUGAAAGUUUAGUGAAGAAGUAUGGCACAUCAACUUUUGAUUUUGAUCAAUGGUUACUCAAAUCCGAAAAUAAUCCAGAACAAUUUAUUCAUUUGAGAAAAUUCAUGGAAAAUGAUUUGGGUAACAACACUGAAAACAAUAAUCUUUCACGUCGACAAUUAAAAACUCAAAUGAGUUUAAUCGCCAAACAAAUGAUGAUACGAAAUGAAGCAUUGACAAAUCUGUUAAAAAAACACUAUCCGAACCAUAUUCGUCUAUCCAUUCAUCAACAUCCAAAUGAUGGAGAAAAAUUUACAAUUCGCUUUUUCAUGGAUGCCACCAUGGUCCAAUCUAAUAAUCAUUGUGUUCUUCGCACACCAUGGCACAAUGUUUUGGUUAUCAAUGUUGAAGGAAAUGUAAAUUUAAUGCCAUAUCGAAAAUUAAAUUUAGAAUGUGAACAUGUUCCAAUACUGCUCAACAGUCAAAUAUGGACUUUUGUUCAAUUACCUCGCGAUUCACUUGUUUCACUAGCGUCCACUUUGAAGUUGUCGUUACUGGAUGAUUCACCUCACUUCGGUUUAUCGAUCGAUUUAAGUAAGAAAAUUGACGUAUUUCAAUUGAAUGUUAUCUGGAUGAAGAUGUUAAUGGAAAAAUUCUGUUUCAUUGUUCUUCGUCAAUAUCCAAACUCACUUGACAAAGACAAGUAUUCACAAUUCUGUGAACAAUUUGGCCCAUCAGUUAUGUGGAAAUUUGGUUCGUUGCUCACGAUUAAGGAUGCACCAGUCCCAGUCCUGGCUGGGUGUCCAGUCCGACCGGGAUCCAGUCACGACUGGGUACUGAGUCCUUCGAUCUUUAGUCCAUUAGUCGAGUAGUACUUUCUUCUUUUCUAAUAUAUUGUCAUAUAGUGAUUCUUAGACUGUUGAAGUACUAAUAUAAACUAUAACACUGAAUUCAUUGGCUAAUCAUAUAUUUCUAUAUAUCAAUCGUUAUAAUUUAGAAGACUAUAAAUAAAUUUCAUGUCUUCGGGAUGUGAGUGUAGCUAGGGUGUUGGUGUGUGUGUGUGGAUGUGAGUGUGGGUGUUGUUUGGAUUUGGGAAUGGUUAGAAUGACAAUAAUGAUACCCAUACCCUUAGAAAAGAGGGAAGUACUGAUCGUUUAGCGGAAUAAACGUCAAAUGACUAAAUACGCAGUCGGGACUGGAACCCAGUUACUGACACUGGUACACACCUACUCAUGAUAAAAUCAGCAUUGAUGCCUGAAAGUAGCCAUUCGUCUUGCGAUUCGUUACAGUUACAUUUUGAUUUAUGCUUUCCACCAGAGUACUUAUUAAAAAGAGGUUCGUACAAUGAUGACAUACCACAAUAUUUGAUGCUUUAUUGUGUCAAAGCUCUUCCUGAGUGGAAAUGGAAAAUAAUAUUUGUCAAUGGACAAUUAUUACUUGAAUCGAUUCAAGAAAAAGAUAUCUUGUUUUGGAAAACAAUCGAUAUUUCAAGUUCCGUGUGACAUCCAAAAACAAAUGAAAAUAUUUUCCGAUAUUUAGAGAUGUCGAAUAAUGUUAUUCAACCAGUCAAAAACACAUAUUCAAUCAAUAAUGAGAAUAUUGAUACAAAAACAUUUCAAGAACUUAACAGCAGAAUGAAAAAGAUAAUGAUGCAUAAUGCAAAAUGGUAUAUGGAAUACAUUAAUUUAUGAGUCUGUCUGUUCUUUUUAUAAAAUGUUUUUGUUUUGUAUGGUUUGAUGAAUGUGUGUCAUUUUUUCUUAGAAAUAUCAUUCACCCAAAUAAAUGAUAAAAUAAAUACAAGAUUUUUUUAUUCUGUCAAAACAAUUAAUCCAAAGAUGAAAAGUAUCCCAAAUACUCAAAUUUUCUACUAGAGACGUGUUGCUUUCAUUCUAAUCAUUACGAUAUAACGGCAGUAUCUCAAAUAAUUGUGCGAUAUAGGGCAACUUUAUCAUUAGAUCUCUAUCGGCUUUCGCUUUCGCUUUCUCUCUUCACUUAUUCUUCAUUUCAUUCUUUCUAUCUAUAAGUAUGUUUGCUCAGCAUAUGGUCAGUGUAUGUGUAUGAUUCGAUUUCGAUCUUGAAUAACCAAAACUCGUUCAUUCUAAGUUAACAACGAGCUAUCAGCAGAUUUUUGAAAGAUCUGAAAAUAACGAUGAUGAUGUUGUUUGGAGAAAUGGAAUUGCAUUGGUGAAUUCAAGUAAUGAUACGACAGGAUCUCUUUCUAAAAUCGAUUUCAUGUUUAUUUUUACACAAUCCCUUUAUUUUAUUACAUUUUCUCAUGAGACUACCUUCUACAAAGUGAAAUAAGAUCUAAGAGUAUUGUGGCAAUCCCAGAAAAAUGAUCAAGUUCCCUAUGGAAGUUUCUUUUCUUUGUAGAACUCUUAUUCGUCUAUCAUGUUAAUUGAGGAUUGAAUCGAACUUAGAGAACGAGAAGCUCUUUUCAUCCUUCAAGGUUAGACAUAAUCAUCAAGUACUUAAAGCGUCGUGCAUCUAUCCCACUUACACUCAAAUAUAACUAACUAAAAAGUCUGCAUAAAAAAAUUAAGAAUAACUAAUAAAAAACGAACACAAAUUACUUAAAUACAAAAAUUCAAUGUACAGGGUGCGUAAAAACGUUUUUUCAGGGGAGUAACGCUACAACUUCAAAUAGCAUUCGUAACAAGUUUUAUACCAAAUUAAAUUGCGUCGAAAAUUGGAUUUAUUGGCGCUAAAUAGUAACAGAUAUGGCAACUUUUUAGUGUCGAAUUCAGAAAAUUUUUAGAAUUUUGCAUCAUAUUGACAUUGAAAAAAUUACUUUCGUAAGGCAGUUCAAACUAGAUCUCAUUUAAAAUGAAGUAUAUCACAAAGUACUAUUUAUCACUUAAGGUUUGAUGAGCACCACCAAUAAUUAGUAUGAUGACCACUAGCUUUCUUUACGGCACGAAGAUGAGACGGAUACGAACAUGAAAUAGUUUCAUAUAAGUCAAUGUUUGUUUCCAUGUUUCUCAAAACAUCUGGGGGUGUGGGUGUGGGUGUGAAUUUGCACAUAGAAGAUAUUCCCAAAACCCACACCCACACCCUAAAGGACAAAUUAAUGUAUUUGUUGAAAAAAUUGAUAAACGCUAGGAAAAUCUUCGCCUACACAGUGUUUAAGUACUUAACAAAUACUAAACUUGACUUCUUAAAGUUAUAUGUUAAUUUAGAAUUUUUUAAAUUAAAAUGCUUAUGAUCAGAAGUAAUGUCCUUUUGCUUGAAUCGUGUUGCUCACAAAUGAGUUUACCUUUAUAGUAGACUUUAAAUGAAAGAAUUAUUGUGCGAAUUCUAAAUUUUAAAUAAUGAUUAUCUUCAAAAUUGUUAUACAUAAACAUUAAUAUAUAUGAAAUUAGCAAAAGAUGUACUCUCAUAUGUAACUCAACAGUUUAUUGGUUCAGAAUCGAACAUAAGUUCUAGACUAAUUUUUCAUUAUUAUUCUAGGUGUAUUGAGUCUUUGUGCUAUUGUUCAAUAUAGUCCUUACGAUAUCUUAACGUAUGUACCAGAUGCAUUAAUACUUCUCUGUAGACGUUCAAAGGAUCCCACUUUGAUACAAGUAUGUAACAUAGAUGCUAAUAUUUCAUCAACACACAUAUACACAUAUUAUCUUUCUCGUUUUUUGGUCAUUGAUCAAGAAAUGUCUCUUUGAAUUUUGUCGUACUCAUCAAGAUGUAUGGAAUGAACAUCGAGAAAAAGUCACUGCAGAUCAACUUGUAAUUUUGGACGACGCAUUCAUUUUCCAUAAUUAUUAUAUUUGAAAUUUAUUUACUCAUUUAUACUAAUUCGUUUUUGCUAUAUGUAUUGGGUGUGGGUGUGGGUAUGGGUGUGAAUGAAGAGAAGACCCACACCCGCACCCACACCCACACCCACACCCACACCCACACCCACACCCACACCCACACCCACCCACACCGACACACCCACGUCCCACACACCCACACCCACACCCACACCCCGGUCAAGCUUUUAAUACUGAUUCCGAAUAUGAUACUAGUUUUGACAUACUCUGGAAUUUUCUUGAUGAGAAAUGGCUAAAUACUAGUUGUAAAAGUACAAAAACUGGACUCAUUGCACAAUGUGACUAGGAAUUACCUCAGUGGCCAGUGUAUUUAGUGUUUAGGAAACAUACAGUUUGGUAGCUUUUGAAAAGAGCUAUCAAAUGAGCAAUACCAAUAGUUUGCAUAUUUCAAUUUUCAGUUUAAAGUAUUUGUAAAAGUAUACAAUGAAAUGAUAAAUAUAGAACUUAUAUCAAUAGUGCUUACCAGUAUCUUAGACCUACAUGUCACGGAAUUAACUACUCGGUCGGCAAUUCAUAUCUGGGAUUGAAGCCCUAUCAAAGAAUUAUGAAAUAAAUGAAUUCAGAACUAUUUUGUGUCGUCUAUUUAUUCUGAAACGAAAUCCAUGAUGAUAUUAUCAAUUACUAAAUUAAUGACUAAAAAUGUAUUUUUAGUUAAUAGCUUUUAGCUUUCAAAAUCCAAUCAAAACAUCUUAAAACUAGUGUCAAAAUGUCAAUCUCAACGUGCUCUUUCCAUAGAUAUAUGAUUCGACACAGAUGACCGAGAAAAGUACUGGUGGGCCUAUUUGACUUCUUAUGUGCUCACCUCCUUUGAUAGGAAAAAAACACCGAACAUAAAAAAUUUCAAAAGACAAAAUUAUCGCAAGUGCUAUUAGUGCAACUUCAAUUCAUCCUUUCAACAACUAGGGGAGGAAAGUUACCGUUUCCACCCAGUUGUGUUGCCAUGUAACUGGUAACGGGUAACGAAAAAUUUCUAACUUUAUAAAAGUAAGGCUGUUUCUCAAAAAUAAUGAUAUUUUAUAAAGUUUGAUCAAAGACUUUUAAGAUCAAGGAAUCUCAAUCGUAAGGCGGCUCUUCGAAUUUUGUGGACUUGAGAAUCUCACUAGAGACAGGCUAUUUUUCCAGAAAGCUUUUUCUUCACUAUUGUAAGGACCAAACAUGACAUUAAUUGGACCGUUUGAAAGAGGACUCCUCCAAAGCUUUUCAUUGACGCGGACAACAUCACGGUUAGUCUUUACAAUAGUGA